AUCUUUCCCCUUUACUCCAUUUGAGGCAACAGACAGUGCUUUGUGACAGAGGCUUACAGGAUCCGGUAGUGGGGCAUAGCUCUCUAGGUGUGCAACUUGUGCCAGGGCUCCAUGUGCUCUACAGAUGGCUCCAUAUCAGGGUUGGCUUCUUAUGAGCUUCUUUUUCCUUGAGGUUCUUCUCUUGGAGGCUGCAAAAAUCCUGACUAUAUCUACACUGAGUGGAAGUCAUUAUAUAAUGAUAAGCCGUGUGUCACAAGUUCUUCAUGGAGGUGGCCACAAUGUGACCAAACUUCUUUAUGAAAGUGAUGAUAUCCCAGAUUUUAGAAAGGAAAAGCCAUCAUACCAGGUUAUUAAUUGGCGUCCACCUGAAGAUCAGGAAAAGAAAUUUGAUGAACUUAGGCAUCGAUUUAAGGAAGAAAUGACUUAUGGCAGGUCUGAACAUAACACCCUUCUAAAGAUUCAUCGAUACUUUGGGGACUUAUGUAGUCACUUAUUAAGCAGAAAGGACAUCAUGGAGUUCUUAAAAGAUGAGAACUUUGACCUAGUACUUAUUGAUUCAGUAGACAUCUGUGCUUUGCUGACUGUUGAAAAGCUUGGGAAAAGAUUUGUGUCCUUUCUUCCCUGUCAAUUUAGCUACAUAGACUUUGCGUUACCAAGCGCCCCCCUGUCCUAUGCUCCAGUGUAUGGUUCCGGUCUUACUGAUCAAAUGGACUUCUGGGGCCGAGUGAAGAACUUUCUGAUGUUCUUUGAUUUCUCCAUGAAGCAAAGGGAAAUCCUUUCUCAAUAUGACAGUGCUAUCCAGGAGCAUUUUGCAGAAGGCUCUCGGCCAGUGUUGUCUGAACUUCUACUGAAAGCUGAGCUGUGGUUUGUCAACUCUGACUUUGCCUUGGAUUUUGCUCGUCCCCUGUUUCCCAACACAGUCUAUGUGGGAGGUUUACUGGACAAACCUGUUCAGCCAAUACCCCAAGAGUUGGAGAAUUUUAUCUCUCAGUUUGGAGACUCAGGUUUUGUACUUGUGGCCCUGGGCUCUAUAGUGAGCAUGCUUCAGACCAAGGAAAUUAUUAAGGAGAUGAACAGCGCCUUUGCUCGCCUCCCUCAAGGGGUGCUAUGGACUUGUAAGGCUUCUCAAUGGCCCAAAGAUGUCAGUUUGGCCCCAAAUGUCAAAAUCAUGGAUUGGCUUCCACAGACUGACCUUCUGGCUCACCCUAGCAUUCGUCUGUUUGUCACUCAUGGGGGUACGAAUAGUGUAAUGGAGGCCGUCCAGCAUGGAGUACCCAUGGUGGGGAUUCCCUUUUUUGCUGACCAACCUGAAAACAUGGUCCGAGUAGAAGCAAAGAACCUUGGUGUUUCUAUUCAGCUACAGAGUCUCAAGGCAGAGUCAUUUGCGCUCACCAUGAAAGAAGUCAUAGAAGACAAGAGGUAUGCAGCUCUCUGGGUUGUGGUCCCUAAGACUGAAUGCUGGCAUGACAGAGGGAUCAGUUUAGUCUGUUUUCCAGCGAAACCAGAAUUUUGUGGUAUGUGUUUUAGUAUGUUUGUGAACCUUGAAGUUUCUGCUUUUCCUUUGCUAUUAAUCCCAAUUUUAAGUGAGAUGCUGAAAGAUGUUUUUGCAUAUGGUGGUAUGAUGUUUUCCUUUUUCGCACAGUAUCUUUAUGACUUCUCAUAUUUUGGGUAACAGCAGUAGAAUUCCUAUUGAAACAGAAGAGGACAUUUACACAUUAUUGUGGCUAAUCUCCCUGAGGACAUUCUCUCUGACACUUUGACAUUUCUCCAUCACCUGAAUUGUUAUUGUGUGUCCUACAGUAGCACAUAGAGAGCUCACAACAUGAAGAAGCAGAGUGUAUCAGUUCUAUUCUGUCCCUAGGACACAAGAUAGGUCUGUAAUAAAGGAACAUUACAUAAAUGUUUCACAAGUAGGGAGGGAACAGGAACUUGGAGACCAACAAAGAUCUUGCCCAUUCAGCACUGUGACUCAACAACCCCACAAGAAUAAAUAUUCACGUUUCAUUGUCCUCAUGGCUUAAAUCAGAUAUACAUCUGUUCCAUCUGUUCACAGCAUUUAAUUUAUUCAUUCUCUCUGUGCCAUAGGGUGUAAAAUGUGUUUUUUUUCUUUUCUAUAAAGAGUGACCACUUCUGUUAAUUCUCUGCCAGCCCUGCUCCCAGUUUCUAGCCCAGCCCUUUCAAAGGUGUCUUCUAACCAACUGUUCUUCCUUCAGUUCCCCUCUGCUUAAACGGUCUGUUCUCCCAGGUUUCCCAGUACUAGCAGCUCCCAACUGUAACAACUCUCCUAGGCUACCCACGCAGCUCUGCUUCU